AUGCUGCCUUUGGUGCCGAUUAAUCCUUUCGCUGUAGCUCACAAAAUAACAAAUCCGUCGGCCAAUGCAGCAGCAGCCAAAACCAAUACCAUUACCUCCACUACCAACACAAACUCGAGCUCAAACACUAAACCCAAACUAGCGUUUAGUAUAGAUGCGCUAGUGGGCGGUGGUGGGGGAGGAGGAAACGUAAAAGAUAGCUUCCGUAAUGUGGAAUAUGGUCCCCCACACAAUUCAGCCAUACUCCCUAAUCUAGAGCCCCUUAAGAGAACCUGUACAAGUCCAGUAAGAUUCUCCAGCGAUAGUGGCUUGUCUGUGGUGGAACCUUUAGAAUUAAGAAAUUCUAUUAGGGAUAUUAAAUCAAGCAUAUCACCCACAUCUUCUCAACAUCGACAAUCACCUGUGAUAUCCUCCAGCCAAGAAUCGGACCAUCUAACACCCACCCAUGAACUUAACACUUCGCCUUUGCGUGAACACACCCAAUCACCCACACCAAAUGAUCUUGCACCAGCUGCCAGCAGUCGAUCGACUACUCCGCUACAUUCUCCACGUGAAACACAAGAUGAGCAGAGAAAAUUUAUAACACAACUGCCCCCGGGCUUAGUAAGACCCUUUCCUUUACCUGCUCCUGCCAAUAUGCCACUAAUAAGACCCCUACAUAGUCCCCAAGAUUCACCACUCAUUAAUCAUCCCCCUUCCACCAGUUUACUACCACCUCCUCCCAAUAAUCCAGCACUACCUGGCGCCGCCACCUCAAAUCCCCAUUUAUUGGCGGCCCAAUUCCAAAUGGCUGCAGUAUUGGCCCAUCAUCAACAGCAACAACAGCAGCAGCAGCAACAACAACAUAAUCCAGCUGGUUCAAACAUACCACCGCCACCACCUCAUGCAGGUGGCCCAGCACCACCACCCCAUCUACCACCUCAUCUCAUGCACACCCAUCAUUUGGGUAUAUUUCCACCUCAUGGACCGCACCAUCCGCCGUUUGGUAAUCCCCAUCUGAUCAGGGAUACUUACCCCUUGUAUCCCUGGCUUUUAAGUCGUCACGGUCGCAUAUUCUCACAUCGUUUUCCAGGUUUCCUCUUGCAGCCAUUUCGCAAACCCAAACGUGUACGAACUGCAUUCUCACCCACGCAACUGUUGAAAUUGGAACAUGCAUUCGAAGAGAAUCACUAUGUGGUUGGAGCUGAACGCAAGCAGUUGGCACAAAAUCUAAGUCUAACAGAAACUCAGGUUAAAGUGUGGUUUCAAAAUCGUCGCACCAAACACAAGCGCAUGCAACAAGAGGGCGACAGUGAUUCGAAAAGUCAAAAGGGCAGUCAAUCUGGUGAUAAUGAGGGCAAAAAUGACAGCAGUCAAACUAGUUUCGAAGAUCAAGAUGACCUGGAGAUGGCCGAUGGUGAGGUGGAUGAUGAGGAGGAAGAUGAAGUCAUUGAUAUGGAUGACUAUGAUGACCAUGAAAUGGAUGCGGAGGAAAGGAAGCGUAUGACAGAACAUUUUCAAGAAAUGCAAAAUCGUCAUUUUGCUCACAGUCAAAUGUUUCAGCAACAGAGUCAACAGCAUCAACAGUUUUUGCAGCAACAUUUCUUGCAACAACAACAGCAACAUCAGCAGCAGCAACAGCAAUUGUAUGCACAAAGUGAACAUCUGCGACAGCAGCAGCAACAACAACAGCAAUUGCAACAAACUCAAGAGCGCCAACAGCAGCCACAAACGCCUGCACCAAAACACUAG